AUGAACGGGUUUGCGAAGGGUAGUCUGGAUGAGGGCAGUUUCGGGGAGCCAGAUGGCAUUGCAGCGAAGCUGAGGACUUUUGAUGCGUUUCCGAAGACAAAGCCCACAUAUACGUCCACGACCGCCGGUGGUGGACAAUGGACGAUCUUCAUAGCCAUCCUCUGCACCAUUCUCUCCUGCUCCGAGCUCAUCACAUGGCAUCGCGGCCAUGAAAACCAUCACUUCAGUGUUGAAAGAGGCGUAUCACAAGAGAUGCAGCUCAACCUCGACGUAGUUGUCGCCAUGCCCUGCGACGAUGUGCGGAUAAAUGUUCAAGACGCAGUUGGUGAUCAUAUUUUGGCUGGUGACCUGCUGGAAAAGCAACCUACCAGUUGGGCCGCAUGGAACAGAGAAGUCACUCGACAACGAAGUGGAGGCAGCCCUGAGUACCAGAUUUUAAGCAAAGAAGAUACACUGAGAUUGGAAGAGCAGGAGGAAGAUCUUCAUGUUGAGCACGUCUUAGGCGAAGUAAGAAGAAGCCGGAAGAAGAAAUUCCCUAAAGCCCCAAAGCUGAAGAAAUCCGAUGCUGUGGAUUCGUGUAGAGUGUUUGGGAGCCUGGAGGGCAAUAAAGUCCAUGGCAAUAUGCACAUUACAGCUCGGGGUUUCGGAUAUUUCGAAUGGGGACAGGCCGCUAAUCCUCAUAGCUUUAAUUUCACUCACCUUAUCACUGAACUCUCAUUCGGGCCCCAUUACGCUCGUCUUCUCAACCCGCUAGAUAAGACUGUCGCUACAACCUCCGUCAAUUUCUACAAAUAUCAAUACCAUCUCUCGGUCGUCCCUACAGUCUAUACGAAAGCUGGCCACAUCGACCCCAACCGUCGGUCUCUCCCAGACCCAAGCAGUAUAACUGCAAAGGAUUCCAAGACUACAAUAUCCACCAACCAAUACGCAGUCACCUCAUACUCUCAAGUCAUCCAACCACGCAUCGACGCUGCUCCAGGGAUCUUCUUUAAAUAUAAUAUCGAGCCAAUUUUACUGAUCGUAAGCCAGGAACGGGACAGCUUAUUGGCCCUGCUAGUCAGGCUAGUAAAUGUCAUGUCAGGCGUGCUUGUCGCAGGCGGCUGGCUGUUUCAAAUUGGGUCAUGGGCGGUAGAGGCCGUGGGAAAGAGAAGACGGCUCAUGUCAGAGGGCUUGCUAACAGGGAAACAUGCAACGGAAUAG